AUGGAGAGGCGUUCUUGGCCUAAGUUCGGUGAUGCCGUUCAAGAGGACGUCACCGCCAAACUCACCAUGGUUUCUACCGAGGAAAUCAUCUUUGAGCGACUAAGGGCUCCAGGUACAAAAGUUGAAGACUCAAAUGCAGCUGGAGACCCAUUAGCCCAAAUGUCGAAAGGAGGAGAUGUAUUGAUGGUCGAUUUAAAUAAUUUGGAAGAGUACAUUUCACUGGUGGUUGAUGCUACUAUCAAGACUGGUAUCACAAGGAAAUUGGAAGCAUUUAGAGUUGGCUUUAAUCAGGUUUUUGAUGUUUCAAGUUUAGAAAUAUUUUCUCCAAGUGAGUUGGAUUAUUUACUCUGUGGGCGUAGAGAAAUGUGGGAGGCUGAUACACUUGUGGAACACAUAAAAUUCGGCCAUGGAUACACAUCCAAGAGCCCUGCAGUAAUUAAUUUGCUUGAGAUAAUGGGAGAGUUCAAUCCAGAACAGCAAAGGGCAUUUUGUCAGUUUGUUACUGGUGCACCUCGGCUUCCUCCAGGUGGCUUGGCUGUCUUGAACCCUAAGUUGACCAUUGUCAGAAAGUUUUAUCUUGUUUCUGAUAUAGCCGUUAAAGAACUCAUUGCAGUUGCCACCAACAGAGAAGAGGAUACCCCUCACAUUUUCCCAAAUUACCCCUUGCUCUACAAUGUUUUUUUUGUUUCUGUGUAUUUUGUGCAUCAAGUAAAGUUGGUGAAAGAAAGGAAUAUGAAGCCACUUGAUUCAAAUCUUGCAGCAUUAUCAGCAAGAUGCAGUAAAGACUUGGAGUUGAAUUUGGCUAUGUCAUUCUUGAGUGAGAAGGGCCAAUGUACAACUGCUUAUCCAUAG